CACACACAAACAUCACAUUUUCGUCCUCUUUCUUUGGUUCUUAUCUUAUUAUUUAACACUAUUCGCUACCGGAAACUUUUCUAGACACAGAACGUAUUCAUAGUGUUGUGUCACGAAGCUUAUUUACGCAGAAGACAGAUGUUUUGCGCGACGUUUCAUCUCAGCUGGGCUUGUUUCCAUAGAAACGGGCGAUGGUAACGGAUGCUAAACAGAUUUAGUUAUAACUAUGUGCUUUAAUAAUAAUAAAAAAGAAAAAUGUUAUGGAGGCAGUGUAAUUCAUCUACUUGGAUAUCUCCUGUUAGGUGUGAAUAUAUGACAGCAGAUCUUUUGUAGAGAAAAGCUGAUCACACCUCCUGUAGAGCGAUGUCUCAGUUUUCCGCCGAGGAUGAGGCAGAGCUCCAGUGCCUGCUGCGAGAACUCCUGAAAAGUGUCAAAGACAAAAUCUCAGGAGCACCUUCUGUGGAAUGUGCUGAGGAAAUCUUGCUUCACUUGGAGGAAACGGACAAGAACUUUCACAACUAUGAGUUUGUGAAGUAUCUGCGGGAGUAUGUGGAGAGCAGCUUGGGAGCUGUUAUUGAAGAGGAAACUGAGAAUUUUACCAAGGGUGAAGGUCAUGCCAUUGGGUCGGGGCAGGACACCCUGGUUCACGCUGUUACAAAAAAGACACGUGAAUCUACACAGUGUAAACAGAUGAUGCAGAUGCUAAAACAGACCAUGAUGGUGGUUGUGGAAUCACUGAUCAAUAAAUUUGAGGAAGAUCAGCUGAAGAAAGAAGAAAUGCACAGGAAGAGCCAACAUGAGCAGUCAAGCAGCCAUUACACUGACAACUGCUCUGACAGUGACUCUUCGUUCAAUCAGAGCUAUGCAUUUAUCAAGCAUGAACAACUACAAGUAAUUGCUGAGAAGCUUGACCCCAGUCGACCACGGGAGGUGCGAUGGGAAGCUUUGCAGUCUCUUUGCUAUGCCCCUCCCUCUGAUGUUCUGAGCUGUGAAAGCUGGACUGGUCUGCGCAGAAACCUCACCGCUGCGCUCACUGACCCCGACCCUGAGCUCAGUGAUAAGGUCCUUCGUAUCUUUGCAAAAACAUUUUCGUCUUCUCCAUUAAAUGUGACGAAGGAUAUCUACACCAGCAUAGCAAAAAGCUUGGAGGCUCAUUUUCUGUACCACAAGUUGAAUUUCCCCAGUGGUUCUACAGGUAUUGAUGCAAACAGACCAGAUCUCGCCCGUCUUCUCAAACAAAUGCGAUUAAUCAACGACUUUCAAAAAGAGGUGACAACAUUUUGGAUACGACACCCUGAGAAGUACAUGGAGGAAAUCAUCGAGAGCACCCUCUCUCUUCUCGCUCUACAUUCUGAACAUGGCACAGAGAAAUCCCUAGAGCCCAUACACUUAAUCUCUCUACUGGAUAUCAAAGCCACCUGGUUUAAAAAAUGGAUGCAUGGCUACUACAGCAGAACCGUUGUCUUAAGGCUUCUUGAGAGGAAAUACAAGUCUUUGAUUGUUAAUGCUCUUCAGCAGUGCAUUUAUUACUUUGAUUCCUGUGAUUCCAUAAGAGAGGGACCCUUGGAAAUUAUCCACAGCCUGGCACAUCAACAGAUUGGCCCUGUUCAGAGAACCCUAUACAGUUCCGAAGAGUUGGAGUUUGUUUAUUUUGUUCAUUCGCUGUGCGUGCUCGGGAGGCUUGUGAUGUACACUAAUGGAAGGAAACUUUUCCCAAUUAAAGUGAAGAAACGAAGAGAUCCGGUAACUUUGACUGACCUAGUUGUGAUUCUGAUCAGCAUCAUGUACCAACACCCAAAACCAUCCUGUGGUGAGACAACGCAUACAGAUGUUAGUAAAACACUAAUACGGGUGUGCCAGGCUUGUCUUCUCAUAGACAAAGACUCCCUCUCCCCCACCAAUCUUGUGAUGGAGGUGUUGAGGACUCUGUGUGACCGUACUGAGUGUGCUGUGGAGUGUCUCUACCAAAUCCCUGUUAUAGAGACUCUGCUGGCUCCCAUUAUCACCCUGCUGAAAGGAAAGCUGCCCAAAUUAAAUUCCCUAGAAUGUGCCCUGACUCACAUAGCAGACAUCCUGGCGAGAAUCGCUACCUCUGAACGAGGUUUAUCACUCCUGCUUUAUGACAGAAAUCUCGUCUGGGCCGAGGGUGAAAGUAUUUCAGCAACACAUGUGAUUGUGCAGUUUACCCAGAGGCUGUUGGCUAAAGAGCUGCAUGUGUUCUCUGAGCUGGAGAUUUCUUCUGCUGUUAGUGGGGCGUUCAUCUUUGUCUGUCGCCAGAUGUACAACACCUGCGAGGGGCUGCAGGUCCUGUGGCCUUACAGCCUGCACGAGUGCAUCGCUAAAGCCUGGAGAAAGACCAGCUCACUGUCGGAGAGAGUUCCCACCCCUGUUCCUGGAGCUCUCCCAGUGCUGUCCUCCCAGGAGCUGCAGAAUGCGGUGGCGUGGGAGGAGAUGCUGUUAGACAACCUGCUGAAUUUUGCCGCCACACCAAAAGGACUGCUGCUCCUUCAGCAAACCGGAGCCAUUAAUGAGUGUGUCACCUACAUGUUCUCAAGAUUCACCAAAAAGCUACAGGUCAGCAGGUGUGAAAAGUUUGGGUAUGGUGUGAUGGUGACCCAAGUUGCUGCUACAGCCCCAGGCAUUGUGGCCUUGCAAAACUCAGGCUUUGUCCAGACUAUUGUGGUAGAGUUGUGGUCAGCGCUGGAAUGUGGCCGAGAGGACGUAAGAGUGGUCCAUCCGAAAUCAACUCCAAUGGACCCCAUCGAUAGAAGUUGCCUCAAGUCCUUCCUGUCACUAGUGAACCUACUCUCUUCACCUCACGCUGUUUGGGAGCUGCUGGCACAUCAAGCACUUCCUAACAAGACCGAGUACAACUUGAGAGAGAUGGCCACCUCAGUUUUUGACCUGAUGGACCGUCUCAUCAUUAUUAACUCUGACGCAAAGAUUCACUCCCUUUUCAACUACGAGCAGUCCCACACAUUUGGGCUGAGGCUCUUAAGUGUGCUGUGCUGCAACCUGGAUACUUAUCUUUUGCUGGAGUCUCAGUAUAACCUCUGUGAGUUACUGCUACAGUGUCAGAGAGACAAUGUCACAGAGCCAUCCACAGGUGAAGGGGAAUUCAUUAUUGACGGUCUGUCUGUGGAAAGAAACCACAUCCUGGUUCGAAUUGGUGCGGUUGGUGGCCCGUCAGAGAGGAGACUUCCUCCCCGAGCUCUGCAGAAGGGGAAUGACCCUUACCCAUGGCCAAUGGUGUCCACAUACCCUCUGCCAAAGUAUUACAUUAUCGACAUGCCCAAGACUCUCUGCACAAAACAGGAGUCAGAGAUCUGUGCUUUCUUGGCCUCUUCUAAAGAAACAGAGAGGGAUGCUAGCUGGAUGGAUGACUGCAGGAGACAGUUCUGCAAGACCAUGACUACAAAAUCAAACACUCUCAAUGGAUAUGUACUCGCUGAUCUGUUGGAGAGGGUCGUGUUGCAUCUUUCAUCUUCACCCAACGACUGCUUCUUUCCACCUGCUGAAUAUAAAGUUGUAGACCACAGUGUAAAGACUCGAAGCCUGACGUCUGUGGAACAGUUAGGUGUGGGAAUAUCCCUCAGGUAUGGCAAUUUCCUGAAGUUAUUGAGAGAUGAUUCCGAGCAGGAUCUGUGUCUUCUACUCAAGCACUGUCAUGAGUUUCUUUCUCAGCAACGAGUCAACGUCAACUCUGAACUCUCUUAUUUUCAGAGUGGUUAUCCUGGUCAAGACUGGUUUGCCUCCACAGUUUUCCUUCUCAUGCACGGUGACUUAGGCCGCUCACUCAGUCUGCUCUUGCGAUUCUCUCGUCUGCUUCCGUCUGCCUUCCUGUGGCCCCCGAGACUGCACAGCUCUGUGCACCUCCCUAUAGAGAUUGCCAAGUCAGGCAUUCAUCCAGUUUACUCUUGCACUGCUCAUUAUGUUGAGAUGUUGCUCAAAGCUGAGGUUCCCCUGGUCUUCUCUGCCUUCAGGAUGUCUGGCUUCACUCCCUCUCAGAUUUGCAUUCAGUGGCUUGGCCAGUGUUUCUGGAACUACCUGGACUGGCCUGAGAUCUGUCACUAUGUGGCCACAUGCGUCAUAAUGGGACCAGAUUACCAGGUUUACAUGUGCAUCGCUGCCCUGCGACAUUUGCAACAGGAUAUCCUGCAACACACACAGACACAGGACCUGCAGGUCUUUCUUAAGGAGGAACCGAUCCAUGGCUUCAGGGUGAGUAAUUACCUGGAGUACAUGGAGGGGCUGGAGCACAACUACAGAUCCAUGGUGCUCUCGGACAUGAGGAGCAUCUUACCGAGGAGCAGCUUGUAGGAAAUAGAUUGCUGAAGAUCAGCAGGGACUUUCCAAUGCAGCAGUGGAAACUGUUUUUGCCUCAUUGCUUGUGGUACAGAAUGAGUGUUGGAUGUUUGUUGAUAUACGCAGCUGGAGUUAAAGAAAUAGUUCACCCAAAAAUGUAAAAAAAAAAUAAAAAAAUAAAAAAAAAAACAAUUACUCACCCUCAUGUUGUUCCAAACCCAUAUGACUUAACUUCUUCCAUAGACCACAAAACAAGAUGUUAGGCAGAAUGUUAGGAGCUGAUAUCCUCAGUCAUCAUUCGCUGUUACUGCAUCAUUUGUCAAUACAAUGAAUGGUGACUGAGACUGAUCAUGCUGCCUCACAUCUCCUUUUGUAAUCCACAGAUGAAAAAAAAAUCAUAUGGUUUUGGAUUUUAUACCUCUUUAUACAGUGCAUGCCAUUAAACAAACUAUAAGUCUAUCCUUCACAGCCUCGCUUUCAUUCCCAUCAAAAAUCGAAUAUGGCGCUACAGUGUAAAGUAUAGGAAACAAGUAAUUGCAGUAAAUCUGUAAAACUGUUGCACAGGAAAGGAGUUUAACAGAACUUCCAACAUAAGCAUUAUCAAAACACAUUAAGAAAAAUGUACAAAGUCAUAUGAACCUUUAAAUAAAGAAUUACCUGUCCUGAGACUAUGGCAUGUUUUGCAGUCUCAAAUUAUUACAUGACAGCAGUAAAUAUGAAAAGUUUAAAGCUUUUGAUGUAUGAUUGCUGUCUUAAUAGACAAUCAAACAUGUGCCGUGAUGCAUGUUUGAUCUUAAAUGUCAACACUUAAGUGUGUCAUGAAUCAUAGGCCUUUGACGCAGUAGUGCAUGUUCUUAAGGCCUAUAUUAACAUCUGCAGUCUCUUAUUUCCUUUCUAAGGAAGCUGUAUAGAGAGGCGGCAUCAGUUUGACAGGCCAUCAUUAGCACAUAGAUGCAAUCUCUCACCCCCGCCAUCUGUAACUCACACAGUGAAUAAUGAAUUAGAUCAUUAGAGAGGUGUCUUUUUUUCUUUGCAGCAACUGCUAAAUAAUACAUAGUGUUUACGCAGUAUGAGGCAGGACCAGUUAUAAUUUUAUGCUGUGAAAAAUUCCUUCCAAGUAUAUAUUUUUCAAUCUUUCUCUGUUGCAUUUUAAGAAGUUAAGUCCCCAUGCAUCCUUUUGAUUUGUGUAUAUUCAUAUUAACAUACUGCAUUAAACUCAGUUGUGCAUCAUCAGUUGAUUUAAUUGUUGUGCAAUCUUAACAAGCUGUUUGCAUUAAUCAGGUUCAUUAUUUAAUAACUCAUUGUUAGCCAACAGUCUUCGGAAAAAUCCUGAACUGUUGUCUUGUGAUCGCUUGUUGCAAAUUGACAGUAGUAACCUUUUUGUGACAUGGAUUUUGAUAAUGUAUCAAAUAGACCAAAAUGGCAGGAUAAUUAGAAAAGGCUAAUUAUGGAUAAUUAAACUGAUUAGGUGAUAAUUAAGGCCUAUCUGUCUCUGUAUUGGGCUUGAGGAGUUGGGUUAGCUUGAUUUUCUCUGGUAAAUAAA